AUGGCCGUUGAGAUGGACACCCCGUCCACUCCACCGCGCCGCACGCGCGCUCACCUCCACGUCCCGCCAACGCCGCUGCAUGGCAGCUUCCUUGACAGCCCGCCGCGCCGAAGCACUCGCAGCACCCUCAACACCAACCCGUACAGCAGCGCAAACGUGAGCGCUUCGAGCAGCUUCAAGUCCUCUGCAAAUUCCUCCCUUCCGCCUGUCACACCAAACAUAGCGGGCCGCAAGCUUAGCUUUGCUGUUUCGGAUGCCCUGUCCACCCCACCUGCAUCACCUAUGCAACCACGGCUCGGCGCGAUUUCCGCUCACGCAGACAAUGGCCUAGACGACGACAAUAGGAAUGCUCAAGGCGACCAUAAGACACUCGCCGCGCCUUCAAGCAACAAGUCCGCCAUGCUCCCAACUCCAUCUAAGACGCCUUCCAUGACACCAGCCCGGAAGCGCCAGCGUGCAGCCAGUCUCCAGGAUACCGCUCGAGUGCUUCAUUUCCAGCCGGAGAACCCGAACGACGCUAUGCCGACUCCGCAGCAGAGCCGCAAGCACAAGGCUGCCCUAGCCAGCAAGACGGGUGCUUUCGAUCUCGACGCCAACAAGCCAAAGCGCAAGGGCAACGACUUCACCAUCUACACCGAGACUCAAGCUCGUGUUCCUGAGGUCGACAAGUCCAGCGGCAAUGUAUUUCGAGGUCGUGCUACCAGCUCUGCGCCACCAGCUCACGAACGCGCUCGUCAGUGGGAUAGCUCUCCAAGCCCACCACCACGAUCUCGUCGCAGCGCACAGGAUCUGUACGACGAGCAGCGGAUGGACUCUGCUGCCAAGCAGGAACAGGGCAUCGUCUACACAUUCCGCGGCCGCAAGGUGUACAAGAAAUUUGAGGAUGUUGACGGCCCUGACCUCGGAGAGAGCUCGCGGCAACGCGCUCUGAAGCGUGCUGCCGGCGACACACGCCCGAUCACUCGCAGCAACAUUACGCCACGCCUGCUGUGGGCUCGUCAGAACAACGAUAGGGACAUUGACGAGGGUGGAUACAUUCGACAGCAUGACACUGCCGACGAGGAAGCUGAGACCGAUAUCGACAUGUCGGAUGCUCCUAUCAUCAACAUUCAGGAAGUCGAUCCAUCCGUUCCAGCCCAGCACACGACUCCAGCCAAGACCAAGGCUCGCUCCAAGCCAUUUAUGAGUCCUCCUACCACUUCUCGCACUACUCGGACAAAGCAGCACGAAGACAUUCCGAGCUUUGAUGAAACUUUGGACGCCGAUGAUGAGGGUGCUGCUGCCGUUUUGCCGACUCCUCAGCGCAGUAGUCGCAAGAAGAAGGUUGCGAUCAACGACAUUCCAGUCUACCAAGAAGGCACUCCAGAGCCGAUGUCAAUGACGCCAGAUGGCAAGGAUGCGCCGCCGGCACCGACACCAGCUCGUGCUCGGACAAAGCGAGUUCAAACCCAGCUUACCCCAGUCAUUGAGGACGAAGAGCCAGCCUCAGCAGAGUGCAGUCGCUCUCCUGCAGCUGGUCGGCGCAAGGCCUGCAGUCCUUUCGACAAUUGGCCACGCACCAAGGCUGGUCGCAAGCGUGAAGCUGUCGAGGACGCCUCUUCCGCUGCUCCAAGCAAGCGCUCACGGAGUGGCACUCGCUCAGCUCGCGCCUAG